GAGGAUGAAGUGAGCGGAGCAGUGUCCCCUGCCGUCUCCACAGUGUGUGUCCCCCACCCCACCCCCCCACCACAGCCGCAGACAUGGCUCUGUCUCUGGGAUGGCUCUCGGCUCUGUUUGCAGGUGUUUUCUCCGCUCAUGUGUUGCAGACGCUCUGCUUUCCUUACUUUUGGAGGGACCUCCUCUUUCUCCUGAAGGUGAUCAGGUACGGCGUGAGGCUGGAGCUGUCCAAGCUGACGUCCAGCGUGCACACGGUGCUGGACCAGUUCGUCCUGCAGGCGCAGCGCAUCCCAAACAAGCCGUUCGUCAUCUACGAAGGACGCGUCCACACCUACCGGGACGUGGAGCUCCGCAGCAACAGGCUCGCCAACGUUUUCCUCGAGAGGGUCAAGUUGAGGAGAGGGGACUGCGUCGCCUUGCUCAUGAACAACGAGCCCGACUUCCUGUGCGCCUGGUUCGGGUUGGCAAAGGUCGGCUGCUCGGUCGCAUUCCUCAACACCAACAUCAAGUCCAAGUCUCUGCUGCACUGCUUCAACUGCUGCGGAGCCAAGACUCUGGUUGUUGGUUCAGAUUUAGUGGACUGUCUGGACGGCAUCCUCAGCAGCCUGCUGGAGGACAACAUUCAGGUGUGGGCCAUGAAGAGCCAGAGCGAGCACCCGCAGGUGCACACUCUGCUGGAUAAGAUGGAGGCUUCCUCCGACCAGCCUGUACCAGCCGUGUUACGUGCCACCAGCUCCCUGAAAUCCCCCACCCUCUACAUCUUCACCUCUGGAACAACUGGGCUCCCUAAGGCUGCAGUGAUCACUCACCUCCAGAGCUUGAAGGCAGCAGCAGGGUUUUGGGCGUUCGGAGCAACUGAGGAUGACGUGAUGUACAUCCCUCUGCCCCUCUACCACAGCGCCGCUUCUUUGAUCGGUAUAGGAGGAACCAUAGAGCUGGGUGCGACCUGCGUGUUGAAGAAGAAGUUCUCAGCCUCCCAGUUCUGGAAUGACUGUAGAAAACAUGACGUUACUGUUUUCCAGUAUAUUGGUGAACUCUGCAGAUACCUCUGCAACCAGCCCAAGAAAGCUGAGGAUAAGGUUAACAAGGUGCGAAUGGGAGUCGGGAACGGGCUGCGGCAGGACGUGUGGCGGGAGUUCCAGAGUCGCUUUGGAAACAUUAAAAUGUGCGAGGUGUACGGCUCCACAGAGGGAAACCUGUGCUUCAUGAACCACGUCGGCAGGAUUGGGACUGUGGGCCGCUCCAACUUCUUCUACAGGCUCUUGUUCAAGUACGAUCUGGUAAAGUACGACAUGGUGAAAGAUGAACCAGUGAAAGAUCAUUAUGGCUUCUGUCAGCGAGUGGAAAAGGGUGAGACGGGGCUUUUGCUGUCCAAGGUGAGCUCCAUGAGCCCGUUCUUCGGCUACGCUGGAAGCAAGCAGCUGACCGAGAAGAAGCUGAUGAGAAACGUGUUCAUAAAGGGAGACGCCUACUUCAACACGGGCGACCUCAUGGCUGAAGACCAGGAGGGCUUCAUCUGCUUCAGGGACCGAGUGGGAGACACCUUCAGGUGGAAGGGUGAGAAUGUAGCAACGACGGAGGUAACGGAGACUCUCGGGCAGGUGGAUUUCAUCCAGGAAGUCAAUGCGUAUGGAGUGGAAGUACAAGGGCACGAGGGAAGAGCAGGUAUGGCCGCUGUGAUUGUGAGACCGGGCCUCGUGUUCGAUGGCAAGAAGCUGUUCGAUCAUGUGAUGAAGGACAUCCCGGCGUACGCUCGACCUCUGUUCAUAAGGCUCCAGGAGGUCAUGGAAAUGACGAGCACCUUCAAGCAGCAGAAGUUCCAGCUGGUGCAGAGCGGCUUCAACCCCUCUACGAUCUCUGACCUCCUCUACGUGCUGGACUACCAGCAGGAGAGCUACAUACCUCUGACGGACAGCAUCUACCAGAGCAUCCUCUCCGGAGAACGCAAGCUGUAGAACUCUUAGUUCGGACACGAUGACACAGCUGGAAGCGAAGCACGGAGAGAGACGGAAAAGCAGCUGUGCUUGUAGCAGAGCGCCGUGUCCAACGGGAACCAGUGAGCCCACAAUCAUCACCAGUGAAGUACUGAGGUCUGAAGACCAUCGUCUAGUUAGUGAAUGACAGAGGACCAGGAUGAGUUGAUCGCACAUACUUUUUUAAACAAAACACCAGAUAAACAGAUGAACCUGAAUGCAUCACUGUAAAACAACAGAACUGAAACAAUGUGUUGGUUAUGGAAGCCCUUCAUUUGACGAAAGCACUGAAAAAAAACACCAUUAUCUAAAAGUUAAUUAAUGAAGAAUUUGCCCUUUAUUUAUAUAUUAAUUAAAACAUAUUUCACACAUUUCUUAAUACUUAGUUUGAGUUGUUAUCAAGGUUGGGAUGUUGGUUUACAUAAUGGGUCUGAAGCAUUUUCAGCUGUAAAUGAAUAAUUCUUGUAAGGAUUAUUCUUCAGUAUUCAAGUAUUAAAUAUAGUUUAACUCAGAUUUGGGCUAAUUUAAUUGCUAGAUUUAUUAUAACAAUAAUAAUAAUACAUUAAUGAACUAUAAUAUACAUAGUUUCCAAUGGUCUUUCUGCAUGGAUUAAGAGGGUAAAUUGUCAUUCAAUAGUUUCCAUAACAUACAUUUAAAGUGCCUUGAUUACAUCAGUACUAAAGGAUACAUUGAUGGAAUUUUGAGGUACAACAUUUCACAAAGAUUCAAACACUGAAAUCUGUUGAAUAGCUUAAAACUUCUUUGUGAACCUUUCCAACAAGAUUAACAUAUUUAUCCAGAGAUAUUUUGUUUUCACUGAUGUUACUCAUUUAGCAAUCACCAGGUUCACCAAUCACAGCAAAGAGUGUGUGUGUUUGUUCAAUUCAUAUUAUUUAUGAAACAGAAGUUAUUGUGUAUUGUCUUGACUGAGGGAGAUUUUGAAUAUGAAGAGCCCAGAAGUGCCCGGAUAUUUAACCAUAUAAAUUUUUUAAAUUGUUUUUAAUUCUGUGAACAUUUUGAUUCCACAAUUUAUUUUUUUAUUUUUAUUUUUAUUUCUUUCUUGUCUUUAUUUAAAAAAAAUUAUAUGUGCUGCUAAAUGUAUUUACAGACAUCCAUGCUUAGGAUCUUUUCAAGGUCAAAUGAGUGUGGUAACUGUUGGGUAAGAGGACAAUUAACAUAAAUAAGGUCUUAACUGCACAGUACAUAUAGAUGCAGGAUCAGCGGAGGACUGGGAUUUAAACCACUGACCACUACAAGCGAGAGUGUCUGCAAUGUUCUGCAAACAUAUUUACAUGAUCAAUAUCAACAGCUAAUUCUGUUAAAUCACCACAGUUAUAGAACUAUAACUGAGAUGAGAGACAAUUUUUGUAAUGUUCUAGUAAAUAAACACAUAACACUGAAUGAA